AUGUCUGCGCAAAAUUCUCAUGGAAACAACUCCAAAAAUGUCUUCCGUCGUAUAAGCGGUAAUAUAGGUACAGGUGGAGUGUGUGAUGAUUCACUUUUUUCUCCAGGAAUUCUUGAUGAUAAACAAAUGUUGUUGGACAGCAAAACUUUAAACUUCCAGACUUCAGUUGAUUCAACUCACGAAUUGUUUUCAGACGACGAGAAGAAUACAAAAUUUUAUUUAAAUAAUAAUCACUACAAUAACAACGUUCCAGGAUUUGGGUUAGCAUCAGAUGAUGAAUUUCAGAACAGUGAUGAUAACCAUUCCUCUUCGAAUAAAUUUAUAUCAGAUGAAAAAUUUGAUAAAUCAGCAUUAGAAUCAGCGGGGUUAUUAGAUCUUGAUGGACUUUCUCUUGAUGAAGAUUCUGAUUGGCUAACAAAACAAAAAAAUGGAAUGGUAACCCACUCAAACACUCUAAACUGGCUGAUGAAAGAUGAUUUGGAUAGCAAGCCUCUACAUUCAGUGAAGGACAACAAAUUUGCAUCCUUGAAUCGAUCAUCAACCACACUGUACAAGUCAGCAACACCGAAACGAAAUGAUGGGGCCAAACUGGACUCUUCCACAGAUUAUGGUACUGUCACCCAAAUUAUUGGAGUUCCACCUUUGUCAACAUCCAAUAAAGAUUUGUCCACAGUUGGUAGGGAUUUAUCAGUUGCAAAGCUUCAGAACAGUGGCAUGCAGCAACGUGCUGUGGACAUGGCACUACCACACACAACCAACGCUGAAUUCACAAAGAUGAAUUCAACUAACUCAACUUCAAAUGGUAACCUGCUGUAUGGGUCGGGAUAUAUUUUGGCUGAUGUCAAUGACGUUCAAAAUGUUGCCAAACUGCAAGAACAGAGUCUCCGGAUGUCUUUCAGUACUCCGUUGGUGAACAGUGGAAUGGAAAUGGCUUUGAAUAAAUCUUCUGGGAAUGUUAACAAUGAAGUUAUUAAUUCAGGUAACCAAGGAGGUAGGCAGAUGACAGUUGCCAAACUUAAGCAGCCGAGCAAGUUGGCAUCAACAUCUUCAGGACAUCUAAGCACAAAUGCCCGAAAGGAAGCAUUCACCGUCUCGAGGCCAUCGCAGCAGCAGUCAUCGACAAACAAAUCAAUGCUGAAAAAAUCAACUGGAUUCAAUAAACCUGACAUGUCCGAUUACCAGAGUGUACCAAAUGUUUCACACAACAUUAAUCAACACACUACAAGAAGACUAGCUGCCAACCCAUCUAAUGGUGACAGUCAUCAGCAAAGCUUACCCAACAUAAAUCGAAACCAGUCGAUGAGUCUUGCAAAAUCAAAUCAAGGCUCGAGGGCCACCAGUGAGAACUACCUCGCAGCCAAUUGUUACUUCUCAUAUGAUGAAACCAGUCCAAAAACCAAUGAAUACCAGAACAGUGGACGCCCAUCACUGGCUGCUGCCAGACAACCAACCAGCCAAGCCAGGUCUGCUGCACCUACAAGACAGCUACCGAAUCCAUCGCAAGGAAAAGCAACAUCAGUGAUUGGAGUAACAGGAGGUCGUAUUAGCAACAUUGGAUUGAACAAUUCCAGGCUCCCGGCUAGCCGACCAACAACAAAUUCAAGCGGCAUUAAUAAGCCUAUCACAUUGAGUGGCAUAACGUCAAAGACAUCUACAUUUUCGGCUACUGCUGGAAGACAAAUAAGUAAUUCUAACAUUUCUAGAAGUGCUCCUAAAAAUAGUUCUCUGGCUACUAAUACAUCAAGGUUGAAUUCUACUCUGAAGAGCAGCACCAUGCGAACAAAUACCUCAACCACAAUUCCUCCUAGGGGCAGUAAGGUAGUUGCACCAUCCAGCAUUAGGUCUACCAACCAACAACCGCCAGUUAAUAAAAUGAUAAAAACGGUUUCUAAUUUGAGGUCUAACACUCCAAUGAGUCCACUCUUGAAAAAGUCCAACCUGCCAAUGAAUGGAGCAUCGCCUAUGAAGCCAUCUCCUGUUGCAACAGUUAACUCAAAUGCAAGAUUAGGUGGGAGACCAAUUAGAAAGUUCGUAUUCAGCAGUUCUUGA